AAGACUUGACUCCUGCAAUCUGAUGACGGCAACGGCGGCUGCAGCUGCGGUUGCGGCGGCUACGACAACAACGACAACAGCAACAACAAUUGGUGGGGUCGCUGCAGUUGCCGGCAGCAUUGAAACGGCGCCGCCGCCGCCGCCGCCAAUACCGCUGGUAAGGGCAACGCCUGGUAAUGGUAGCACCAACAUCAACGGCAGCGUCAACAUAGGCAACAACGCCAGCAGCAGUAACAACAACAACAACAACAGCAACGGCAGCAACAACAAUAACGGCAGCAACAUUGGCAACAACAACAGCAGCAAUGGCACCAGCAACAACGAUCAGACAACAGCGCAGGCGCAUCAUCAUCAUCACCAUCAUCAUCAUCGGCAUCAUCAUUUGCUGGAUACGCCCUCGAGCAAUGCAGCCGUUGCCGCUGCCGCCGCCGCCGCCGCCGCAGCCGCCGCAGCAACCACAACAACAUCCGCAACAGCAACAUUAACAGCGCCAGCAACGGGCCAAGUGUACGAGCGCCUAUGCCGGCCCAGCCAUGUUGUGACCCACCCAGCGGAGCAACAACAACAGCAGCAACAGCAACUACAACAACAACAACAACAACAACAACAACAACAACAACAACAGCAACAACAACAACGCGCACCCCUGCCGACUGCACAACAGCGUCCAGCGGUGCCGCCGCCGGUGCCGUUGCCGGUGCCGAUGCCGGUGCAGCAGCUGCCAGCGGCAGCGAGUUCGGUGCCGGUGCCAGUGACGAUGCCGUUGCCGUUGCCCGCACAUGCUUAUCAGACAAUGCCCGGCUAUUAUCAGGCGGCAGCGCGACCGAUGCCGCAUCACGCGCAUCCUCACGCGCAUCCACAUGCGCAUACACAUUCGCAUACACAUCCCCAUCCGCAUCCGCAUCCGCAUGUACAUCCACAUGCGGCCUACCACCAGCUGCAGCCGCUGAGCCACUACCAUCAGCAGCUUUAACAACGUAUCGCAGGCGCUGCCCGCGGCUGCUUUGCGACUCGCGCGUCUCAUGCAGCAGCUGCAACGCAUCCAGCCAGUGGAACAGCAACAGCAACAAGCAGCUGCUGCUGCAGCGUUGCCACCGUCGCCACUGUCGCCACCUCCGGCAACGUCAGGUGCUGCUGCCUUGAAUCGAUCAAGCAGCCGCCGGCGCCGCUCCUUUGAGGUGCGCACCAUGACGCUGCUCAUGAUCCUGCUGCUUCUGGUAUUAUCGCUGGGCAUUGGCCUGCCGCUGGUGCUGCUGCUGCUGCUGUUGCCGCCGCCGUCCAUGUGGCAGCUAUAGGGCGCAAUCUGGCUAGCUAAAUGCAGUGCGAUCUCAGCGCUGCGCCACAUUUUAACACCCCCACACACAAACACACACACACACACACAGACACACACACACACACAGACACAGACACCACCGCACUUAGUUCAUGUUAUAG